AACACAUGAAUAAUGAACCAACAGUAGACAUAUUAGGCUACAUGCAUCUGCUGGAUAUCACAGUUAGACCUAUGAUGCAUAUGUUACAUAACAUUAUAUACGGUUUCGUAUGCAUAAAAAUAAAUUAAUCAGAAUGUGUGUGCACCUUCAGGAUGCUUCAGGUAAACCAUAAAUCGCCUUGGAUAAAAUAUAUCCUAAAUAACAGUUCGCUGUUAUAUUCUAUUUACUUUCUUGCUAAAUAGCCUAUAAUUCUGAACAUUAUUUAACAGUUACUAUAUGUAACUGAAUAUAUAGUUAAAAGUUGGAAAAUAGACUUGUGUUUAACUCACAUUUGGAAACAUUUAACAACUCAAUAUAAAAUUUUUUUUUUUUUAAUACCAAGCUAAAUGUGAAAAUAAUAGGCCUAUAAAAAUUCAACAAUAGUUGUUACUAAUUUAAAACCAUCAUAAAUUAAUACAUUUUAAUACAUUGAAAUUAACAGUAUAGUGUUAUGUUCUGUGAUGCUUUUAGGUUUAACAGUAUGAUGGAAACAUAUUAUAGAAUAACUUUAUUGUUUUUUUACUCUACAAAAAAUAAAAAACAAAAUAAUAAAAAUGACAGUACUACCAUGUAUUGUAUUUAAUUUAUAAAUUAUGUCUCCGAUAUAUUAUCAGAACUUAAAAGUAAUAAAUUGGGUCUCAGGACAUUUGAGCUAUAGAAGCACUAUGAUGGGACAGCUAAAGUUUUUGGUGGGGUAUUGGGUGGACUCUGGGAGCUGUGUGGUCACCAUUAAGGGAGUUUAUUUCUUGUGUGUAUUGAAGGAUCUAAGGAUCCUCAAAUGCAAACUGUCUUUGUUGCUUCAAAAGAGCAAUCUUAUUUUCUUGUUUUGAUUAUUUACAAAAAAAAUAAACUCUGAAAACUAGUGUAUACAUUCUUCUUGUGCAUACUAUGAGAACAUUGUGAGAAAGCAUAAUGUGUGUAUAUGUGCUUGUACACUUGUUGGUUCAUCAGGUAAUCUUUAUUUUUACCUAAGAUAGACAGAUCAUCACAUGAAUAAUGAAUGUAGGUGAUGCAGCAUUUUGUCACCAACCCAUUAGCCGAUUAACCAGCGCUACAUAGACGUGUGUUCAGUCUACAUGUCAGUAGUUAAAUUACAUUUGAAUUGGAUUAUUUGGUUUCAUUGGGGAAAUAUAGACUCACAUAAGAUUCCGAAAAGCUGCAGGUGCAAACGUUGGUAUUAGAGGAAAUAUGCAGUCUAUAGAGACAUUUUUUCAUUCUAAUGAAACUGCCAAAUAUAACAUCUGCUUGAAGUAGCGUGAGAGAGAAAAAGAAUUACAGAAUACAACCAAUACAUGUGCCAAUCAAUACCCAGAAUAGGACCAUGGUCCAUCUCCUAUUAGCACAGAAAGUCCUUUUAUUCACCACAUUUAUGUUUUAUGUACUUAAAGUCUCUCCAUUAUGGAAAUUACUAACAACCUCCUCUUACAAAAACAGGAAAUCUAGGGGAAACAGCAAAGGAGGUGUGCUGGUCUGAGUGAAAUAAAAACCAUUACAGCAGUGCUUAAAAUCAGCGGAGGCUCAGAGAAAGAGACAGCAUCUGCACAGAUUCACCAGAGAUCAACAAUCAGAAAUUCUUCAGUAGAAUAAAAGAUGUUGUGUGAAGGUAAGCUGUGGAGUUUGGUGUUUGAAGCUGAACUUGAGUGUGUAAAUCCCCCUCCAUGCUGCACGGUCACAGUGCCAUCAUCGUCUUUGCCAAGCUGCCCCCUCUCAGCACAAAGCUCUGUCCACUCAUCUCUAGAAAAUACAACCCGGACAAAGACCCAGCAGAGCAAUGCCCAUCCUUCCCCCACGGACCCUGAGGCAGGACGGCAACUGGCCAUAGGUGUGGAUAUUCCCAGGCUUGCAGACACCCCAGAAGCAGAGGCCUUUUUGGUGCCUUCAUGCUGCCACAGCAUCUGCCAGCAUUACAGCGAUUUACAUAUUGCUGGUGGCCAGGUGCUGCCGCUCAGCCCCUGUGCAGGGGAUGUACAGGGCAAUCUCAAUCAGGACCCCCAGCCCGGACCCUUCCUUCUGUCUGGAGAUGUUCCCUCCCCCUCCCUCCUGCCUCCUCUGGUCCACGAGUACAGGAGUUCGAGGCGCUGGAGGGAAGAAAGUGGGCGCGAGCGUCCCUCUCUUCUGCAGUUCAACCAGCCCCUCUCUAAUUCACAGCUCAACAGCUACCUGGAACAGAAGCUUUUGGAGCUGUACAAGCAGUACCUGACUGAGGGCCCCCUGGUGACCAGGCCCGUCAUGGCAUCUGAGCUACUGCAGACCAGUCUGGAUCAGAUGACUCUCCAGCUGAGCCGUGAGCAGAACAUGGAGACGGCACGGGCCAAAGACAUGCUCCUCAGCUGCCUGCUUAAAGUCACCAGCAGUUACCAGUCCAGUGAAAUCAGCACCCCUGUACUGCAGAUCUCCGCUGAGACGAAGUGAGUUUGAUAGUGGAAAGAGAUGGAAAGACAGGAGGGAAAAAUCUUUGAGGCAUUAGGACCAAGGAGACAGACUUUCAUGUGUAACGUGUAACGUUUAAUAGCUUGAAACUAGCAUGUUAAUCAGCGAUUAUGUAAAUGGUAAAGUAAUAGUAAUUCUGAAAAUGCAAAAUAAAUACAAUUUGCAAUUCAAAAGGGGUUGAUUAUUCAGGGUUCCCACUCAUUGAAAGUCUGGAUGAAUAAAUUAAUAAAAUAAUUUGCCAAGUUUGAAAA